AUGGCUUCCUCAAUUGUCUCCUCAGCAGCCGUUGCUACCCGUAGCAAUGUUGCUCAAGCUAGCAUGGUCGCACCCUUCACCGGACUCAAAUCCGCCGCGUCUUUCCCCGUUACUAAGAAGAACAACAACGUUGACAUUACUUCCCUUGCUAGCAACGGUGGACGUGUUAGAUGCAUGCAGGUGUGGCCACCAAUUAACAUGAAGAAAUACGAGACAUUGUCAUACCUUCCUGACUUGUCCGAUGAGCAAUUGCUCAAGGAAGUUGAGUACCUUUUGAAAAAUGGAUGGGUUCCUUGCUUGGAAUUCGAGACUGAGCACGGAUUUGUGUACCGUGAGCACAACAGCUCACCAGGAUACUACGAUGGUAGAUACUGGACCAUGUGGAAGUUGCCUAUGUUUGGGUGCACUGACGCAACCCAGGUGUUGGCUGAGGUUCAAGAGGCCAAGAAUGCGUACCCACAGGCCUGGAUCCGUAUUAUCGGAUUCGACAACGUUCGUCAAGUGCAGUGCAUCAGUUUCAUUGCCUACAAGCCAGAAGGAUACUAA